AUGGCUACUGUUUUGACACGUACUGUUGCAUCAUUCUUUUCUAAUAAUGGGGUCAUCAUCAGUAAAAACAUUGCAAAAAAGGGAAUUGAUAUUAACGAAGAAAAGAUUGUUCUCGCAAUUACUGAAAAAAAAUAUAUAAAUGAAUUUGAUGAAGUCUACAAAAUUGAGGAAGAGCUUUACACCAAAUCAACCAAGAUUAGAAAUGAUAAUCAUGGUGAAAAUAAGAUAGAAAAACACCCUAAAAUUAUAAAAUUAGGAUGUGAAAAUGCUAUUUCAGCAGGUGGUGGAUGUGAAUGUGAAAAAUGUAAACCUUUAAAUGCAAUUGAUAUCGAAAAAGGAAUGGAGAAUGUUCAGUACGUAUAUGCAAUCUGUAUCACCAAAAUGGGAUUACUUGAUUAUAUCGUUUAUCAUCAUCGAACGACCUACGAUUCGGAUUUGGACAAAGAUUAA